AAGAUAAACCUGACUACUAUUCAAUAUUUAGGAAAUCUUUAAUUUUAGACGAUACUAUUACAAUUGAAAAACGUUGGAAUGAAGCUCUUGAAAUAGGAACUGACUCUUACAUCAUUAAAAUUCAUAACAAAUUAGUAUACGACUACAAUAAAACCUCUAAUUCUCAGUCUAAGUAUUCCAAAAUAAUGUUUAAGUUUAAGAAGCUAUUUUUAAGAAAGAUUGGUAAUACAUUAUUUGAACAGUAUAUGGUGUUAAUUCAAUCAUACUAUAAAGCAGCGAGUAUAUAUUAUUUUUCUCGGAACUAUGAAUUUGCAUAUAAUGUGAUCAGUGAUGGUUUGGAAUUUUUAAAAUCAAUAAAAAGUGAAUUGUAUAGUACAGACAAAAAACAUGUAGAUGUGUGGUUUAUACUAUUAAAAACAUUGGAGACAGAUAUAAUGAAUCAUAGGGAUAAAAAAGAUCAGAAUGCAGAAAUGACCGCAUUAAACGAAUUAUUUAAAGAAGAAAAACAAUUUGAUAGAUUAGAUUAUGGAUCAUUUCCCAGUUCAGCAGUGUUAUUAUUUCGAAGAUAUUUCUUGGACGACAGCAUUAGUGGUAAUAGAAUUGUUACAUUUGAAAAAUGGUUAAAGAAUAAAAAUUUAUGGAUAUCCUUAGACGACGAUAUUUUGUAUAGAAAACAUAUUGCCUUGUACAAGUUCUUAGUGUUUUUCUUAAUAAGUAAUGAAUAUAAUGAUAAAUUAAACAAUAUAUUUAAAGCAAUUCAAAGACCGGUCUUAUCCACUGAAGAUAGAUUAUUAAAUUUUGAAGCAACUGAGUGGACAUUAGAAACAAUUGGGUCGUGCAUUAAUCUAACUGGUGACUCAUUGAAUUCGGAAAAUUGUUAUGAUUUUCAGGGAUAUGUAAAUAAUAAUAAAGAUAUAACAGACUUGCAGUCAACUAUUCUUCCCAAAUUGCGAAUUUUAUAUGGUGUACGGAAUAGAAAUUUAAUACAAGAGCUUUAUAUAGAACUAACGAAAGAUGAUCAUAUUAUCGAACAGGAUAUAUUACAUUAUAUUGUCUCUGCGGCUAUAGAUAUCGACAAAGAAUCAAAAACAUAUGAAAAAAAUAUUGAAAAUGUCAAACUUGCAAUUAAAUUACUGCAAGCUUUUGUCAAAAGUCACAGUAUAAACUUGAAUGAUAUGAAUUCUAAUGAUAAACAUAAAACAAACAAGGCAAAUCAGGAAAAGAAUAAAACUAAUAAGAAGAAAAUCACAAAUGAAAGUUCCUUGGAAAUUGAUUAUGAUAAAAUAUCAAAAACAAUAUAUACGAAAGAAACACAAAUAAAUAAUAUUUUUAUUGCCUAUAAGUGGUUAAUAGAACUGAAUGGAAUACUUUGUAGUCAUUCUAUAAUUAAUACCUAUUCAGCAAGUUUUGUAUUCGCUGAACAUAAUAUAAAUACGUUGGCCAAAAAUGAAAAAGAAUUACUUCAUACUGAUCAUAUUAAAGACGAUGAACAUUUUAUGUUUUUAAAAGCUAAACGAAUGAGCAAACUUAUAUUAAGUCUUAAUAAGUGGGAAACCGCCAAUAGACCGGGCGGUUGGAUUUUGAGCGGGAUUCCAUUUAAUUUCACAGAAAUGGAUAAAAAAACUAAAGAAACGUUACAACAACUGAUAUAUCUGAAAAAUAAUUCAAAAUGUCCAUAUAUUAAUAGGAUUGAAAUAUUCACAUUGAUAUUUAGAUUUCAAUGGAAGCUUAAACUUGAUUAUUUUGCGAUGUACACAAGUAUAAAGAGUGCUAUUUAUGAAAUAGUCGUUACUCCUGAGGACCGUUGGAGAAAUUUGGAAGCACAUGAACUAUUUACUAUGUUUUUGAUGGAGCGUAAUGAACUUGGAAUUAAAUUGAUGAAUGUACUUGAAAUUACUCAAGUAUAUAAUACAUUUUUGAUGGAUCCUGAUAGUCGUUAUAAGGUAAAAUAA